AUACCUUCUUCACAUCCCACCCCACCCCACCCCACGAGUGUGUGCAGAGAAGAUUGAGACUUCUGUUAAGAAUGCUUUUCCUGUUUCUACUAGCUGCUCCAAAUUUCACACACAAAUACCUCUCCCAAUUUCAAGAUUUCUUUAACCAGAAUAUAUGACGUUUUUGUAGCAGCAUCCGCACGCACGUCUCUAUCCUACACACAAACAUCAAGACACAUCUCCUUUAUAUAUCAAACUACAACAACAACAACCAAGAAACUAUUACCUCUUCUUCUUCUUCUUCUUCUUUCUUCUUAAUAUACGGGGAUGAUAUUUUCCGACUCUUUCCGUUCUCUCUCUCUAAACAAUCAAAACCCUAAUUCAAACCCUAAUCACCAUCUUAUCCGUUCCUCCUCCUCCUCCUCUUCUUCUUCUCUAGACUUCCCUCUUAUGAUCACCACCACCAGCUCUCACAACCAAGAAGACGAUGAAGACGAAGAAGAACAAGAAGAACUUGAUCUUAACCUUAGUAGUGGUGCAGGUUGCACCUUCAACAAUGGUAAAAUGAUGAUCAAACCAACCAAGACUUGUGCAAGAGGCCAUUGGAGACCCGCUGAAGAUGCGAAACUCAAGGAGCUUGUGGCUCUUUAUGGUCCUCAGAACUGGAACCUUAUCGCUGAGAAACUAGAAGGAAGAUCAGGGAAGAGUUGCAGGUUGAGAUGGUUUAACCAAUUAGACCCAAGAAUUAACAGAAAAGCUUUCACUGAUGAAGAAGAAGAGAGGCUGAUGACUGCUCACAGAAUGUACGGCAACAAAUGGGCAUUGAUUGCAAGGCUUUUCCCUGGUAGAACUGAUAACGCCGUCAAGAAUCAUUGGCAUGUAAUCAUGGCUAGAAAGUAUAGAGAACAGUCGAAUGCUCAUAGGAAGAGAAGAAUGUUCAUCACUCAAACUGGUUCAGGAUCCGACACUCCUUCUGCCACUCCACCACCACCCCCGCCACCGCAGAUCUUAAUCCCCCACCGAUGCUUCUCCAGCUUACAAUGCGAUGUUCCAUCAACAGCCACCCCUUGGUUUCAUCUCCGGUGGGAAGAACAACAAUCAAAUGAUGAUGAUGAUGAUGGAUCACAUCUUCAGCAGCAAGAACAAAUGUUGGGACACGUUAUCAUCAUCAUCAUCACCAUCAUCAAACACAUCAUGGAUGAUGGCAGCAGCCCCUUCUCAUCUGUUGCAGAUAAUUCCGCCAUUGGUACUACUCAUUCAGUAACGACAGUAACACCACCACCACAAGUUUUACAAAGCCAGCAGUUUUCUGAGGCUAAUAUUGACAUUUCACCCCCACUUAUAGACUUUCUUGGAGUUGGAGCCACAUGA